AACUAUAUACUUGAAAACUUGAAACUACGUCGUCUGAAUAAAAGAACGUUUAUCAUCUGAAUUUGUUUUUCUGAAAUAUAUAAAAUGGCUUUUUUAAUCAACGGAAUUCGUCGAUGUAUGUGUCUUAAAGGCUUUGGAAGUCCUAAUGUGAUUCUUGCGGCACCUUAUCAUGCAAACGUCAUUGACCAUUACGAGAAUCCUCGCAAUGUUGGUUCAUUGGAUAAGAAAGAUAAAAAUGUAGGUACAGGCCUCGUUGGUGCACCUGCAUGUGGAGACGUAAUGAAGUUGCAAAUCAAAGUGGACGAGAAUGGAAAAAUCAUUGAUGCCAAAUUUAAAACUUUUGGAUGUGGUUCAGCUAUAGCUUCAAGCUCUCUUGCCACUGAAUGGGUUAAAGGAAAAACAGUUGAUGAGGCACUAAAAUUGAAGAACACAGAUAUUGCUAAAGAGCUGUCCUUACCACCAGUCAAGCUUCAUUGCUCUAUGCUUGCAGAAGACGCAAUUAAAGCAGCAUUAUCAGAUUACAGAAUCAAACAACAGACAGAAAAUAAGGAGUAAUUGUUAUCAAUGACUCAACAAAAUGGAAAAGAUCUGUGAUGAAGUUAUUUAUUCUCAAUAAACCAUAUUAAGGUUUUUUCUCUUCAAAUAUUUCAAAAAUAAAAAAUUUUUUUGUUU